AUGCAUGUCACCCGUCUACAUGCCGAACGCUCUGCUACAUCUUUCUUGCCCAGAGAGCGAGCGAGAGAGAGAGAGGACAAUGUCAUCCAAUACGGAGAAACGUACUUGGAAGUGCUGGGCCUUUGUUGUGCCACGGAAGUUGCAUUGAUCGAGAAGAUCCUGAGGCAGCUCGAUGGGGUCAACCACAGCUCGGUCAUCCUCCCAACAAAAACGGUCAUCGUCCUCCAUCACCCUCUGAUCGUUUCUCAGUCGAAACUUGUUGAGGCACUAAAUAAGGCGAGGUUGGAAGCUAGCAUUAAACAUCGGGGCAAGAUUGAUUCAGCGACAAAAUGGCCAUCACCAGCGCUGAUCGUUUGCGGGUUGUUGCUCGGUUUGUCAUUUCUUAAGUGCGUUUAUCAGCCGCUGAAAUGGCUGGCUCUGGCUGCUGUUGUUGUUGGCCUUCCGUCGAUUGCGUGGAGAAGCUUCGCAUCCAUCAAGCAUCUCACACUAAAUAUCUACGUUCUCAUUCUGAUUUCGGUGAUAGGAACACUUGCCUUGCAAGAUUACUGGGAAGCUGCUUCCGUAGUCUUCCUGUUUUCCAUUGCUCAGUGGCUCGAGUUGAGGGCUAGUCACAAGGCAAUGGCAACCAUGUCAUCAUUGGCAAGCAUGACUCCAGAAAAAGCUGUUAUAGCCGAGACUGGAGAGUCUGUUGAUGUUAACGAUGUGAAAAUGAGCACAGGACUUUCAGUAAAGGCCAGUGAAGAAGCCGUACCAAUCGAUGGAAUUGUUGUGGAUGGGAAAUGCGACGUGAAUGAGAAAAUGUUGAGGGGGGAAUCAUAUCCUGUUCCAAGGGUCGGUUGGACAGUUUGGGCAGGCUCUAUCAAUUUAAAUGGCUAUAUUAGUGUAAGAACCAUGGCUUUGGCUACAGAUUCCGUGGUGGCCUGAAUGGCUAAACUAGUCGAGGAGGCUCAUAAGGAAAAGACUCGUACGCAAGGCCUCAUAGACAAAUGUGCAAAAUACUAUAUUCCAGGAGUUGUUUUGGUGUCGGCUUGUAUUGCUGCGGUUCCUGCUGCACUGAAGCUUAAGAAUGAACACCACUGGUUUCACUUGGCAAUAGUUGUUCUGAUCGGCUCAUGUCCUUGCGCACUCAUCCUCUCUACACGCAUCAAAUGGGCGUUUGACAAAACAGGCACAAGGAAAAGAGGAGAUUUUGUGGUGACCAACUUACAAUCAGAUUGCAAUGACAUUGACCUUAACACUUUGCUCUACUGGGUAUCGAGCAUCGAGAGUAAAUCAAACCAUCCAAUGUCAGCUGCAAUAAUUGAUUAUGCCAAUUCUUUCUCUAUUGAGCCAAAGCCUGAAGAAGUGGCGGAUUUUCAAAAUUUUCCUGGGGAAGGAAUUUAUGGUCAAAUCAACAGUAAAAGCAUCUAUAUUGGGAACCGGAGAAUCGGUCUAAGGGCUGGCUGCGAAACAGCGAGUGGCAUUGAAACGGACACAAAUGGAUUCAUAUACAUUGGACAAAGCCUGGUGGGAAAGUUCAGUCUCUCAUAUGCUUGUAGAACUAGGUCGAUGGAUGCCAUUAAUGAUGUUAAAUCACUAGGCAUCAAGACCGCCAUGCUCACAGGUGAUAGCCAAGUUGCAACCAGGUCCACACAGAAUCAGCUCAACAAUGCUCUAGACAUUGUAUGUGCAGAACUCUUGCCCGAAAACAAGGUAAAAACAAUAGAAGACUUCAAGAAAUAUGGACCAACUGCAAUGAUUGGUGACGGAGUAAAUGGUGCUCCUGCAUUAGCCACAGCUGAUGUAGGCAUCCCGAUGGGGAAUUCUGGUUCAGCCCUCUCAAUGGAGAUGGCCGAUGUGAUUCUCAUGUCGAAUGACAUUCAAAAGAUCCCAGAAGCUAUUAAACUCGCCAGGUGGGCCUUCAGGAAGCUCGUCACUGUGAAGGGCACAGUCCUCGGAUUAGCCUUUGCUGGGUACCCAUUGGUUUGGGCUGCAGUUCUCACAGACGUGGGCACAUGUUUGAUCUUGAUUCUCAACAGCACGCAUUGUCUAAACGCCACCUCAAACCGAGUAAAGAAUUUCAACGAAAGGAAUAACAUGACAGAGGGAGUAAUAUAUAUUUUAGAGGUCACAAAAUAG